GGUCAAUUUGCACCGUAUAUUUCUACAUUAGUGUCUAGGAGAAGCAUCUGGACUGCCACAAUGCCAGCAAAGGAGCGAAAUAUUGCCAUGAUGGGAUACAGAAGUGUUGGAAAAUCCUCCCUCAGCAUCCAGUUCGUACAAGGUCAAUUUGUGGAUUCUUAUGACCCAACAAUUGAAAAUACAUUCACAAAGCUCACCAGAGUUAAUUCGACUGACUACGAGGUAAAACUUGUUGAUACAGCGGGUCAGGAUGAGUACAGCAUAUUCCCAGCGCAGUACAGCAUGGAUUUUCACGGAUAUGUUCUCGUGUACUCAAUCACCAGCCGGAAAUCCUUCGAAGUCAUUCAAAUUAUCUACGAGAAGCUCAGUGAUGUAAUGGGAAGUGCUCACGUUCCAGUGGUUCUUGUUGGGAACAAGACUGAUUUACACCAAGAGCGAGCUGUAUCAACUGAGGAGGGCAAAAAAAUGGCUGAAGCUUGGAAAGCGACUUUCUUAGAGACGUCUGCUAAACAAAAUGAGUCUGUGGCCGAUAUUUUUCAUUCCCUCUUGCAACAAAUUGAACGGGACAAUGGAAAUACACAGGAAAAGAGUAGUUGCUUAAUUUCCUGAAUCACUGUAUCACACGGGGAUAUUUUAAUCAUUAUUUUAAUUAAAAAUAUAAAUAUAGUGUAAAUUAAAUCAAGGAUAAAACAAUUAACAAAUUAAUCUUUAAAAGAAUCUACCAUAAAAAAAACACACAAACACAUACUUCAAAAAAAUAAUAUAUUUUUAGUUAUUAAAUCAAGGUAAAAAAAACAUCUUGCAAAAAAAAUUGAAAAUAAAGAAAAACUGGAAAGUGAAUAAUAAAAAUCAAAAUGAGAAUAGUUGAAUGAAAGAAAAACGUAUCAUAGGCGCAAUAAUGAAUUUAUCUGUAUAAAGGGGUGGUUUUUUUCUAAAAUGCGGAAUCGUGUAGGUUUGGUAAGAAAACAUAAAAAAGAAACAAGAAAAUAUGACCAAGAUUUCCUUCAUUUUAGCAAAUUCGGCAGUACAGCGAGUAUGUUUAACUUAAACUGAAUAUCACAACACUUAAUUCAAGGCAUUUUCUCUUGAAAAAAAAAAAAAAGAAAAUUUCUUUUCAGUGUUUACGUACAGAAAAGAAACACAACUUUAUUUACAAUCUAUAUUAGAAUUUUAAGUAAGAUUAUUUUUAUUUUCUAUUUUGUGGAGCCUUAUUUAUGAAGAAAGCAAGUCUCUUUUAAGACUUUAUAAUAGAUAGAUUUUAUUUUAGUGAACACACAUCGAGAUGUGAGAGAUUAUAAUAAACUUUCACUGCUGAAACAGGGAAGUUGGUGCAGUGGUGUUGUAAAUGCUGGCGCAGGAAGACAAAAACUCACCAAUUUAAUGAUCUUUCAUGUUUCCCAUAUUAUAAUUUCUUUUCUAAAUAAACACAAUGACAGAGAA